UGCCAUAGUAUCAACUUCAACGAAAUGAAAACAGCCUGYGAAUUGAAUUCAGCCAAUCAUUUGAGCAAACCUGAUCACAUGACCUCCUCCGUUGGYACRGUGUAUAUGAACUACUUCCUACGACCUGUGARUCAAUGCAGCAAGUCUUAUUGCAGAAAAGACGACCAGGAAUGUGCGAUGGACAAGGACGGCACGGACUACAAGUGUGUUGCAAAGCAAUGUCAAGAUAUUUUAGUGUUUCCUGGGAAGAGCAMGACAGACAAGGCUUUCCUUGAACAUGCAUUUGAGUCACUACCCGCACUCACGAUAGAGUUGUGGAUUCAAKUAGAACCYAAAGGCUUGGAUUCGUUAACGGAGCCGACAGCUUUYAGCUAUGCAACGACUUCCAAUGCUAAUAAAAUCGUCAUAUUCACAACAAAAGGCACAGGUUAUGGGUUUAUAUUACACGAUACGAGUAUUGGUAGAAUUCCAGAUGCAACUGUAGCGAACGGUCAAUGGCACCACAUUAGUUUGACAUGGGAGUCCACAGGUGGACAGUAUAACAUAUUUAUCGAUGGAGUCAGCAGGAAAAAGGGCGUGACAGGGGUUGGUCGUCCUAUUGGUAAAGGYAUGCUAAUACUUGGUAAUGAUCAAGACAGUUACAAUGGCGGCUUUUCGCUACCCGAAAGUUAUCAGGGCAACAUUACAAAUGUCAAUGUCUGGAAUAGUACCUUUACACCACAACAAGUGUCAGUCCUGGCCAAGUCAUGUUCCAAGCGUGAAGGCAAUGUMGUCGGUUGGUCGCAGCUGAAAAAUAAUAAAGUAGGAAACAUUGGAUCGCUUUGCACAAUAGCUUGUGKUUGAGGAUGACAAAACCGAAAGUGAAUACGAUGUAAACCCUUAAAUGAAAAGAAGGAUGGGCCAGUGAAGAAAGGAGGAGGGAUAGGGAAGAAUAUAAAAACAAAAACRAAAAGAAACUUCAUCAUCUUUCUAAUGAGAAAAAGAACUAAGAAAGAACCGCSGAACAAUUAAGGUAACAAGGCAGGGAAGAGACACAAAGUUUUAAAAUAUUCUCCCCAUCAAAUGGCACGUUAUAGCAAUUUUCCAAUUGCCUGGUGGCUAAUGAAAAUAUUAACUUUCGUUUCGUGCAAAGUAGCCUGGUAUGCAGUUGAGAUAUUUCAAAACUUUUAUAUGUACAUUGGUUAGUGUUCCUUAUGAAGAAAGACACGUGAUAAUUACAACAUUGGAAAUGUCUUUUCAGUUGGUCAGUGUUUUCUAAAUUGGCAGUAAAUAAUGAGGGCAAGGCAAGAACACAAUGAGUCAAACACGGAGCAAAUUAAAUAUGGAAUGCCACCAGGGAUCUACAACG